CAGUUAUCUGCUACUUCUGAAAUGGCAUUCAAUAUUGUUUGCAUGCCUCCUCAACGUUUUUUGAUGCAUAACCUACCCAAAAAUUUCCCACAGAGGGCUCUUAAACCCAAUCAUACUUGUCAUUUCCGGUGUUCCGCUAUCACUCAAACUUUUCAGGAUCAAAGAAGAUCAGCCAAUUACCAGCCAACCAUUUGGACCGAUGACUUCGUUAAGUCCUUGAAGAGUGAAGAUAUGGAUGAAUUACAUAAGGAAAGAUCAAAGGAGCUGGAGGAUGAGGUGAGGAUUAUGAUUGGUAAUAAGGGUGCAAGACCAUUGACAUUGCUCCAACUUAUAGACGACGUAGAACGAUUAGGCCUGGGCUACCGAUUUAGUAAGGAUAUAACUGCAGCACUCGAUAGAAUAAUUGCAAUGGAAGGGAGUAAUGUUGGGGUGGAGAAGAGCAUUCAUGCUACUGCUCUCAAAUUCAGGCUCCUCAGACAGCAUGGUUAUGACGUCUCUCAAGAUAUUUUUCGGAGUUACAAAGAUCACCACGGUGAUUUUGUAGAAGAUUUACAAAAUGAUGUUAAGGGAUUGCUAAGUUUGUACGAAGCUUCAUUUCUCGCCUUUGAGGGAGAGAAUCUCUUGGAAGAGGUCAAAUCUUUCACAAUGAUUCAUCUUGAGGACAUCAAGGGAUACAUAGACAAAAGCCUUGUCGAAAAGAUAAAUCAUUCAUUGGAGCUUCCGUUGCACCGUAGGAUGUGCAGGUGGUGGAAAGGCGUAAGCCUAGCAAGUAAGUUGAACUUUAUAAGAGACAGAUUGAUGGAAUGCUUCUUCUGGACAGUGGGAAUGAUUUAUGAACCGAGCUUUAGUGAUUGUCGAAUAGGAUUAACACAAGUUACUUCACUGAUAACUACAAUCGACGAUAUUUAUGAUGUUUAUGGAUCGUUAGAUGAACUUCAGCUAUUCACCUAUGUUGUUAAGAGAUGGGAUGCCAAUGCAGUGAAAAGUCUUCCACACUACAUGAAGUUAUGCUUCCUGGCUCUCUACAACACUGUCAAUGGAAUGGCUUAUGACACUCUGAAAGAAAAUGGCAUAAACGUUAUACCAAUCCUAUCUAAAGCAUGGGCAGACUUAUGCCAAGCAUUUUUGGUGGAAGCAGAAUGGAAUUACAGAAAACAAACGCCAACGCUUGAGGAUUAUCUUGAAAAUGCAUGGCGUUCAGUCUCUGGGAAUGUUAUUCUAGUUCAUGCCUACUUUUUAAUGAGUCAAAAUGUCACAACAGAGGCAUUAGAGUAUUUGGAGAGACACCAUGAUAUUUUAAAGUGGUCGUCCAUGAUUUUUCGACUGUGCAACGAUUUGGGUACCUCAACGGAUGAGUUACAGAGAGGUGAAACAGCAAAUUCAAUCCUGUGUUGUAUGCAUCAAAAUGGACUUUCAGAAAAACUUGCCCGCGAACACAUCAGCAAUUUAAUCAGUGAAGCAUGGAAGAAACUGAACAAAGGUCGAGUAGAUGAUUCUCCUUUCUCAAAACAUUAUCUUGAGACAGCAAUGAACCUUGCCCGGAUUUCCCAGUGCACGUACCAAUACGGAGAUGGGCAUGGAGCUCCUGAUAGUAGAUCAAAAAAUCGCGUCUUGGCAACGAUUAUCGAACCCAUUAGACUCAUCAAAUAAAUGGUGUUUGAGAAGGGUGUAUUCCUCAAUUCUUGAGUGAGUUGUUGAAAUGAUUGGAACAAGCGACCUUGGAAUGUAUCACAACUAGAUUUAAUAUCAAUGUCAAAAUCAUUGUCUCUUGUCAAUUUUCACCGAACCCACAUUUCAG